GAAAGAAUGCCUUCCUUACAGGCUGCUUGGUAAUGGUUUUCUCAGGCCGCACAGCCCCGCACCACCACUUAUCAUUUUGGCAGGCAACCUGUCCAUGUUCGUACCUUUUUAAUGGGAGCAACGGCGCGGCUUCUUGGCCACUUCUCAUGGUUGCUCAGCGUCACCAUUCUAAGAUGUGCGCUGCCAUAUAUGCCAGCCAGCUGUGCGUGCCAGCAACCUCGUCAGAUUCUCCUUUCAUCGAUGGUUUUCUUUCUUCUGCAGCAAUAAUGGCUGUCUUCAACCUGCUCGCGAUCCUUCUGCUGGCUGCCAGUGGUGGCGCCUUGGCUCAGGGCCCAAGGACCAUUGGUUGCGUGUCCAGUUUCAACACUUCCACCAACUACUUUCCAGCGCUCUAUCAGAUUGACGUGUACUCGAUCCCUCUAGGAUCCAACCCUGUGAUGGCACAGGACUUCAGUGUGCAAUACAAUGCUACAUUCAAGGUCAUCACUGAUUCUUUCGUGAACGAGACCUACGUUGGGUACCAGUGUGGGACACCCAGGCCUAACUACCGGCCGGCCUCCAACAAGGUCUUCCAGAUUCCCCUUGCUGCCAUUGGGACUGAUUCCACUGUGCCAGUGGGUUUCAUUGAGCUGCUCGGUAUCCAGAGCGCCCUCAAGUACAUCGACCCCACCUACAUCACCUCCCCCUGCAUUCUCAAGCUCGUCAACGAGUCCGCCAUCAGCUCGUUCGACACGUCUUUCCCAGCCAACAGGACCCUGAUUGCUCAGCAGGAAGCCACUCUGGCUGGUGUCUUCAAGUCCAGCCAGAAGGCGUCCAACAACUCGCUGUGGAUCCAGGUCGACGCUACGUCCGACCCUGGCCCGCUGAAGAGAGCCGAGUGGAUCAAGUACAUUGCCCUGUUCUUCAACCUGGAGCCCGAAGCGAAGACCAUCUAUGAUGAGAUUGCUACGCUGUACAACUGCCAGCGCACUGCUUAUGCCAACAGGACCAACAAGCCGGUGGUUGCCUGGGUCAACUAUUACCAGAACGUUUGGACCAUUUCCAACGCCACCUACAAGCUCCUCCUGACUGCCGACGCGGGGGGUGCCAACCUGCCCAACUCUUCCUACCGGUCAUACAACCUGUCCGCAAACGCGACCGAAAUCACCGCCUUCCAGACUGCCCUCCAGAACGUGACCGUCGUCAUUGACGAGUCUUACGCCGCAGACCCCUCCACGUACACAAUCGCGAAGUUCCUGGCUAAUGCCAGGCUGAACGGAACCGCCAACCCUCCUGCGUUCGUCACCAACAGACAGGUUUGGAGGGAGGACAAGACGGUCAGCCCUGGCGGCACCGGAGGACUUGCGUGGUUCGAGGAGGCGGUGGCCGAGCCUCAGGUCGUGCUGCAGGACCUCAUCAGCGCCUUCUGGGGCACCAACACCACGCACACCUUCUUCCGCAACGUCGCCCAGAACGAGACCAUCAUUGUCGCUGACCCUGCUCAGUGCCUGCGCAACGCCAACUCGACCAAGCCUGUGACCGUCGUCGCUUGCCCCCUUGCUCCGGCAGCUAACAUCACGGCCAAUGUGACUCUUCCUUAGAUGGUAACAGCGUGUCUUUUAGAAAGCGUGCGCUUGCCGCUUGCUGCAAGGCGGAACAAGCCUAACUGAAGUGAUUUAACCAGUUGGACAUCCCCUCGCUAACUAGAAUCGCCCUCAAGUUUACCGGUCCAGAUUGUCGGUCGUAUUUAUUGCUCGUUGGUCAAAAAUGGUCAACAACUUCAUACGGAGUUGAGUCUUUUCUCGAACGGGAGUCUUUCAGUGCGACUUUUCUUCGCCAGAACUUGCAAGCUUGCGAUAUGCAAGGAUUGGUGUCACUAAUUGACUGUGUCCGACCCAACCUUCUUACCUGAUUGAUUGCUGACAGGCACUGCACUUAUUAUUUUAGCAUCUGAUGACGCUAUCUUAAUGGCUCAAUGCACUCUUGUAGAGUUCCUCAAAUGUUGGGCUAGCUUUUUGAACUUUAACAGAUCGGCGAGCCGUACGUCGUUGAUCAUUAACAAUACCGUCAG